AUGCGGGAGCUCUUGCAGGACUUACGCGUCCAUGCUGCUCGCCUGUCCCACCGGAAGUCCCUGAUCACUGCAGAAAGUGGAAGGCAGGAGGGUUUAGAUGAUCAUCAGUUCAUUCUGAUAACAAGAUGUCAAGAUGUGGCUGAAGAAACUGAUGAAGCAGGAAGGAAAAUCCCCUUCAACAGCUCCUACACUGAGGUCUACAUCACAGAGGGACAGAGUAAAGAAGUUAAUACCCAACAUGAGGUGAUGCAGCUUGAAACAGUUUCCAAGAAGAAGACCCUCCAUGACGCUCCAAUCAAGUGUCAGGACAUCUUUAAAGUCUUACCUGACCAACAGAAACGCAUCAUCAGAGUCGUUCUGAUGAACGGCGUCGCUGGCGUUGGAAAGACCUUCUCAGUGCAGAAGUUCACUCUGGACUGGGCACAGGGCUCCGAAAACCAAGAGAUCAGUCUGCUGAUUCCACUUCUGUUUAGGGAGCUGAACUCAACCAACGAUAAGAAGUACAGUAUGCUCACACUGAUCCAUCAUUUCUAUCCAACAUUACAGAAGCUCACAGCAGAGAAGCUCACUGGCUGUAAAGUUUUGUUCAUCUUUGACGGCCUGGAUGAAAGCAGACUUUCACUGGAUUUCAACAUCAGUGAGGUCGUGUCUGAUGUCACACAGAAUUCAUCAGUCAGCGUGCUGCUGACAAACCUCAUCAAAGGGAAUCUGCUUCCCCGAGCUCUCAUCUGGAUAACUUCCCGACCUGCAGCAGCCAAUCAGAUCCCUCUGACAUUUGUUGACAGAGUAACAGAAGUACGAGGCUUCACUGACCCCCAGAAGGAGGAGUACUUCAGGAGGAGAUUCAGUGAUGAAGAGCUGUCCAGCAGAAUCAUCUCACACAUCAAGACAUCCAGGAGCCUCCACAUCAUGUGUCACAUCCCAGUCUUCUGCUGGAUCACUGCUACAAGUCUGGAGGAAAUGUUGACUACAGACCAGAGAGGAGAGCUGCCCAAGACCCUGACUGACAUGUACUCACACUUCCUGUUGGUUCAGAUAAAGAUGAAGAGGCAAAAGUAUGAAGCACACAAGACAAAGAGGAAGAAGUAUGAUGAGGAACUGAUGGAGGCUGACAAGAACCUUCUUCUGAAGCUGGGGAGGCUGGCGUUUGAACAACUGGAGAAAGGAAACAUCAUGUUCUACCAAAAAGAUCUGAAGCAGUGUGGACUUGAUGACACAGAGGCCUCGGUGUUAUCAGGAGUUUGUACACAGAUCUUCAAAAGAGAGAAACUCAAGAAGGAAGCAGUCUACAGCUUUGUUCAUCUGAGUAUUCAGGAGUUUCUGGCUGCAGUCUACAUGUACCACUGUUACACCAGCAGGAAGAGAAGGGUACUGAAGAGCUUCCUGGGAAAAGAAUACAGAAACUCGUCUCUGGAUGACUUCCUGAAGAGAGCCAUGGAGAAAUCUCUCAGAAGUAAAAAUGGCCACCUGGAUCUGUUUGUCCGCUUCCUUCAUGGCCUCUCUCUGGAGUCCAACCAAAGUCUCUUAGGAGGCCUGCUGGGUCAGACAGACAACAGUCCAGAAACCAUCCAGAGAGUCAUCAACAACGUGAAGGAGAUGAACACUGUGCAUGAAAAUGAUGAUAUCUCUCCUGACAGAAGCAUCAACAUCUUCCACUGUCUGAUGGAGAUGAACGACGGCUCAGUACAUCAGGAGAUCCAACAGUUCCUGGAGUCAGAGAACAGAUCAGAGAGGGAACUCUCUGUGAUCCACUGCUCAGCUCUGGCCUACAUGCUGCAGAUGUCAGAGGAGCCUCUGGAUGAGUUGGACCUGAAGAAGUACAACACAUCACAGGAGGGACGACGGAGACUGAUCCCAGCUGUGAGGAACUGCAAAAAGGCUCAACUUACUGCCUGUAAACUCUCAGACACUGACUGUGAAGUUGUGGCCUCAGCUCUGAAGUCCAACCCUGAUCUGACAGAGCUGCACCUGAGUCUCAACAAACUGCCUGAUUCAGCAGUGAAGCUUCUGUCUGCUGUACAGGAGAGUCCAAACUGUAAACUGAAGACUCUGAGAUUGAGUUGCUGCAGUUUGUCAGAGAUCAGCUGUGACUAUCUGGUCUCAGCUCUGAAAUGCAACCCCUCCCAUCUGAGAGAUCUGGAUGUGAGUGGAAACAAGCUGAAGGAUUCAGGAGUGAAGCUGCUGUGUUAUUUUCAGGAGAGUCCAGACUGUAAAUUGAAGACUCUGGGACUUUCUGAUUGUGGACUCUCAGAGACUCACUGUGAAGUUUUGGCCUCAGCUCUGAAAUCCAACCCCUCCCAUCUGAAAGAGCUGAAUUUGAGUGACAACAAACUGUCUGAUUCAUCAGUGAAGUGUCUGUCUGCUGGACUGGAGAGUCCAAACUGUAAACUGAAGACUCUGAGAUUGAAGGACUGCAGUUUGUCAAAGACCAGCUGUGCUCCUCUGGUCUCAGCUCUGAAGUCUAACCCCUCCCAUCUGAGAGAGCUGGAUCUGAGUGACAACAACCUGAAGGAUUCAGGACUGAAGCGGCUGUGUGGUUUUCUGAAGAGUCCAGACUGCAAACUGGAGACUCUGAGAUUGGAGUGGUGCAGUUUGUCAGAGAUCAGCUGUUCUUCUCUGGUCUCAGCUCUGAAGGACAACCCCUCCCAUCUGAGAGAGCUGGAUCUGACUGGAAACAAGCUGAAGGAUUCAGGACUGAAGCUGCUGUGUGGUUUUCAAAACUGUAAACUGGAGAUUCUGAGAUUAGAGGACUGCAGUCUGUCAAAGAUCAGCUGUGAUUUUCUGGCCUCAACUCUGAAGUGCAACUCCUCCCAUCUGAGAGAGCUGGAUUUGACUGAAAACAACCUGAAGGAUUCAGACGUGAAGCAGCUGAUUGAUCUUCAGCAGAGACCAGACUGCAGACUGGAGACUCUGAGCUGGAAGGAGAAGUGGUGAUCUCUUUCAGAGUGAGAGUGAACAUCCAGGAGUGUUGAGAGAGGAUCAGCUGGAUCCUGAUGAUCCAUCU